AUGCGUCUGCCGCACCUCGAGCAGCUUCAGCCUCCGCCUCCGCCAACUGGGAGGAGGCUGCCGCUCCUCGACGGCACGCCGUUUCGAAUCGGCCGCAAUGCCGACUCGGAAGCAGUCGUUCACGGCGAGUUCAUCAGCCGCGAUCACGCGAGCCUCCGCAAGUCGGACUCCGGCGGCUGGGUGCUCCGUGAUCUGUCUCGCAACGGCGUCUUCAUCGCGGGUUCGCUGCGGCUGAAGCCGAACCAGGACCACACCCUCACCGACGGCGACGAGAUCCGACUCGGUGGACCUGGAGCCGAUGCGGAGGCCAUCUUCCGUUUUGUGCAUCCGUCCAGUGGCUCGCCCGCACUUGCCGGCGGCGUGGGCGCCGGAGAUGUCGGCACCAGUGGCGGCACCAGUGGCGAGGCGGGCGGCGGCACAGGCGGCACCGGUGGCGAGGAGGAGGCGGGCGGCGAGGAGAUGGAGGCGGCUGGCGAGCAGACGGAGGCGGGUGGAGAGAGGGACGGCGAGGCGGAGGCGGCGGAAGAGAGCGAGGAGGAGUGCACGCAGGAGGACCCGGAGCUGAUGCACUGCCUCGCCGCCGCCGCCGCCGCCGCCGCUGGUGCAGCUCCAGCCUCCUCUGCCGCAUCUGACGACCUCGACGACGAGACUGCUCCGGGCCUGGCUUCCGUCAUGCCCUUCUCUCUCUCGAACGCCGAGUUCGUGGAGGCUGCCCGGGGCGUGUGCGCCGCUGAGGCUGCCGCUGCGGCGGCGGCGGCGGCGGAGGAGGAGGAGCGAGCGGCCAGCAAGCCGGUCGCGGCGGCGGCGGCCGUCUCGGGGACGGGCGGCGCUGGUGCGGCUCCGGCCGCAAAGCGCGCGCGCAUCGACUGCUUUUACCCCGACGCAGGGGCGGCGGCGCGAGACGCGACGGGAGCGCCGGCGCCAGGCUCGCCGGUGGGCGGCAGCAGCACGGGCCAGUCAGGCGCAGCUGCGGCGGCGCCGUCUGCGGGCGGGGGCUCGUCGCGGUCGCACGGGGGCGGCGUGGCGGCAGCGGGGUCGGGUGCCGGGGCGGGCCGGCUGCACGGCUUCUCUCGCAAGCCGUCGCAGGAGGCCAGGGCGUUGGCCGAGGCGGACGCCGUCCGCCCGGACGGGCAGGGCGAGCUGGGCCACAGGUUUGGCGCUCCGCCCUUCUCCGUGCUCAACAGCCAGAGGGGGUACUGGAAGGAGCGGAGGCACUUCUGGGAGGGGACGUACAACGUGCACUCCGAGGAGGGCCGCGGCGACAACCUCAUCGGCUACAAGGGCCUCGGAGGCGAGGGGGCGAGGGGCACGUCCGUCUUCUGCCCCGUCCUCUCGGAGCUCUGCUGCCGCUGGUGGUGCCCCGCCGGAGGGACUGUGCUCGACCCGUUCGCCGGAGGGUCUGUGCGCGGCGUGGUCGCCGGCUGGCUCGGCCUGCGGUACGUCGGCCUCGAGCUGCGGCGCGAGCAGAUCGCGAGGAACCGCGAGCAGGCGGCGCGCGCCGGCGCGGUCGCGGGGUCGAGCGGCCACCGCUGGCGGCCUCCGGAGUGGGUGGAGGCGGACGCGCGAGAGCUCGCCGAUGGCGACGGCCCCGCGGGCGCGCCUCGGCAGGCCGACUUUGUCUUUUCGUGCCCGCCGUACUUUGACCUCGAGCAGUACUCGGACGACCCCCGCGACCUGUCGAGGGCGCACAGCUACGCCACCUUCCUCGCCGCCUACGAGGCGAUCAUCGCCGCCGCCGCGCACCGCCUCAAGCCUCGCCGCUUCGCCUGCUUCGUCGUCGGCGAGAUCCGCGAUGGCGACGGCUUCAUGCGCAACUUUGUGGGCGACACCGUCUCCGCCUUCCAAAAGGCGGGCUGCCGGCUGUACAACUCGUGCGUGAUGCUGCUCCCCUUCAACACGCUGCCCGUGCGGGCCGGCAAAGCGAUGGCCUCCUCCGCCAAGCUGGGCAUGUGCCACCAGCACGUGCUCGUCUUCUACAACGGCCGCAACCCCGCGGCGGAGGUCAAGGGUCUCAACCUCGCAAACAUGACGCGCCCGCUCGAGUGGGAGUGA